AUUCUUUCCGUGGGACCCGGCGCAUUCUUAGACCAAGACCGCAUCAUUAGUUAGGGCCUAGCCAACAAUAAAGGAACAUUUGCUUUGCCCACGAACAUCGAAAACUUCAAACCAACAUGGAUUCUCUUAACAUCACAAUCCCGUACGAGGAACCAGAAUGGAACUCUGCUCCAGCUUGGAGACUCCCGGGAUGGGCGGAACCAGUUAUGGUCGCAAGCAUACUAAUCGGCUCAAUGCUGAUAACAAGAAGACAUGGCUAUAAGCUUUUUGGACGAAGGAGAAGGUCCCAAGGGCUACUGGACGACGAUAUAGACUCAGCCCGGUCAUCCGACGACCUCCUCUCAAGGGACUACAUGAUCGCAGGAGACGACGUGAGCGAAGAUUCCAUGUCUACGAUGAAGUAUCCACCAAAGAAACGAUCAUGUUGCGGAACGAUUCUUUACACGCCAAACUCCUCCCGAUUUGCGGAUCACCUCCACAGCAGGAUCAUGCAGAAAUUCCCGUUUUUGAUGGAGAUGUUUUAUUGGAUCAUCACUUACGCAUUCUACCGGUGUACGAGCUUGACUGCACAAGCUAUAUUUUCGAAAACUGGGAUCUGGGAUGUGGCACAGGAUCAUGGAUUGGCGAUUUUGGAGUUCGAGCAGUUUUCCUGGCUGAGCUUUUUGUGGCCGGUGAGGGAGCAGGAGGUGCAGCAGUGGUUCAUGCAUGGACACCAAACUUUCCUGACUGUCUUGAAUCGCUCGUACGCCCUGAUCCAUAUUCCUGGAACUGUUGGAUUCAUCGCUUGGUGGUACUAUGUUGCUCCGUCAUUCAACACGUUCGCCAUUGUCCGAAGAACGAUGACCCUAACGAACCUCAUCGCCUUUUCUAUCUUCAUUCUCUACCCUUGCAUGCCACCACGCCUUCUCCCAAGAGAGUACGGAUUCCUCGACAGUGUAGGGCACAACAAGGCGGAAAGUGUCUGGAUGAGUGGGAAAUAUGUCAACUCCUUAGCGGCCAUGCCUUCCAUGCAUUUCGGAUAUUCCUUCUGUAUCGGCUGCACCAUGUUCUACCACUCCGGCCUUUUCCGCAAAACUCUUGAACCAGGAGAAUCUCGUAAAUCCAAGCCAUGGCAACUGUUCUACGCCCUGUUCGCCAUUGCCUAUCCCUGCUGGAUCCUUAUAACGAUUGUAGCGACAGCGAACCACUACUACCUGGACGCCUGUAUUGCAUUCUUCGUGGCCAUCAUUGCGUUUAUGUGUAACAGGAUCUUUCUGGUAUUUUUGCCAUUGGAGGAUCUCCUACUCUGGUGUUUGAGGAUCGAGAAGCCAAUUCCUACUACUGGCGAUAGAGCAAGGAGAAGCGGUCGAUGAGCUGUCCAAAUGGGUAAAAAUGCAUGGGGUAUGGCGUUCUCAUUGUGGAGUUCCAAGUCUGAUUCGAUGGCGGGAGGUUUAUUUUCGACGUAUUGUAUUUGAUACCAUUGCAUGCUCGGCGUAGCAAGAUAGCACGGCCAACGGCCAAUUGGAGUUCUCCUUUUGUAUAUUCUUGUUCGAGAGGUUUCUGCGGAGUGUAGAGAAGAGGAAAAGAUCGAAGAUUGAUCAAUGGAUGAGCUACAUGGCUCUUGAUCUCACGUCACUCCUUCACUCCCAGCGCGAAUAGUGAACAGACACAAGAAUGGGGAUUUAUUAAAACGAAACGGGAGAAACAAGAUAUAUAAGAGAAGAGAGACGUCGUUCAACUUAACUUUUGAGCCUCAGCCACAAUGUAAAUGUCGCUGCCUGCUCCCGUAUCCAUUUGUCAAAUU